AUGUCCUUUAAGUCAGCCAGCUCCAGAGCCAAAGCCAAGGCCACGGUAAAUAAGCUCUUUGACGAUGUAUUGCCUGGAUCUACGCUUCUACCCCUGAAGAAGGUUUCUAGCUCCGCAGCUAGUGAUUUUGCUCUGGAAGCCCGCAAAAAUCGUCUCACCAAGGCUGAGGUCAGGAAGCAGAACAAGACUGAAAGAGCGAAGCAGAACAAGGAGAUCAACAAAAGGCUAGAAAAGGAUAAAAAAUUCCAAAAGCUUGUCAAAUACAAUGUCAUUAAAAGUCACAAGGGCGCUGCUGCAGCCAUGACUCCAGAGGAGGAAAAGUACCUUAAGAAGCUUGUGAAGAAAAACUCCAAUGCAUUGAGGCGGUCCGCUGAUGUCAACGAUCCCGACAUCCAAGAAGAGAUCGCCGCUCUCCAGCAAGAAAUUAUUGCCAUGAGAGAUGAAAAGUACGAUAAGUCCAGAGAUCGUAAACUUGAUGCUAAGUUGCUGGCAUUCAAUGACAAGAUCAAGUCAGGAACGUUAUCAUACCCAGGCCUUACCCCUGGUUUGGCACCUGUGGGUUUGGAUGACGAGUCUGACGAGGAGUAA